CUACCAGGCUCACCUGUGCUGUCUGGGUAUUACAGUGUCCGAAGAUCUUUCCUUCCUGAAUCUGAGUUCCAUGGUGCCAAGCAAUACUCAAAUGACAUCUACUCUUCAUCUCUGGGGUCAAAGUCAAUAGGUUGUGAUUCAGCAACCAUUCAAAGCUACCCAUCCCUGCUGGAGCCUUAUUUCUCUGACUCUAUAGGUGACUACAGGAGUACAUCAGUAACAUCUGCUGGCAGCUCUCUGUUCAGUGCUUCAUCGCUACCACCUCUGCUACCUCAUUUCUCUGGUGACCCAUCACAUUAUUUGUUAAGAGACUCAUGGGAGCCAACUGUUUCUGAUUCAAUUAACCAGCUGGAUGCACUGUGCACAGAUGCUUCACAAACUGUAACAUCAUCCACAAGUUGCAUCUCAUCUGAAAAUGGAGCCACACACUACAGGAGUGCAAGCAGAGGGUCCUCCUCAUCCCAGGGCACUCAGUCUUAUUCAUUGCAUGCUUUAGAAGAUGUUCACUACUCUACUACCUUUCCGACUACCUCUUCCUAUGCCUUCCCACCAUUUAUGACAGUGAACAAUGAAUUGGCCCCAAAGAUGGUUCAUCAUCUUUCUCAAGAGGACUCUGCAGAAACAAGUCCCAUGCAAGAUAGUUCUGCUUGGCCAAAGGAAGAUACAAACACAGUAUGGGGACCAUACGAAAUUCGAAGAAAUUACUGA